AUGUCUGCGUGGGAAAAGACAAAGCGCUAUUCGAAGAAGGGCUUCGAUAAGGCAUGGGACACCGUCGACAAAUUGGGUGGCCCCGUCAAUCGGCUAUCGAACAAACUUGGCGCCGAGGCCUUCUGGCCCAUGUCAAUCGAUAAAGAAAGCGACAAAGCCGCCCGAAUUUUGCGCAGUUUCUGCAAAGAUGGUUUCUACGCCCCCGAAUCCGAAGAGACGACCGACGAGAAUGGCAAGAUCAAUCGGCCCAAGGGAAAGCAACGGGUCAUCAAGAAGAUUCCCUCGAAGGUCAUUAAGAACGCCAAGGGCAUUGCCAUUUUCACUACAAUGAGGACCGGUCUUUGGAUCAGUGGCUCUGGAGGUAGUGGUGUGCUGGUGGCCCGUAUCCCCGAGACUGGGGAAUGGAGUCCGCCUUCUGGCAUCAUGCUUCACACUGCUGCAAUUGGCUUCUUGGCUGGUGUCGACAUUUACGACUGCGUCGUCGUUAUCAACACGUACGAGGCACUCGACGCCUUCAAGAAAGUGCGCUGCACACUCGGUGGCGAGGUCAGCGCCGCCGCCGGCCCCGUUGGAAUGGGUGGCGUUCUUGAUUCCGAAGUUCACAAACGCCAGUCCCCGAUCUGGACGUAUAUGAAGAGCAGGGGUUUAUAUGCCGGUGUGGCCGUGGACGGAACGAUUAUCAUCGAACGAACCGACGAGAACGAGAAAUUCUAUGGGGAGCGUAUCUCCGUAACCGACAUUUUGGCAGGAAAAGCGCGCCACCCACCAGAUUCGAUCAAGACUCUACUUCAGACCAUUAAAGCAGCCCAGGGCGACCCUCGUUCCACCCCCGGCGAAACGCCCGGCGACCUGGAUGUUUCAGGGAAUAAUGACCACGCCUUUGGCGUGCCCGAUAUAGAUGAUCCGGACCCUUAUGGAGUGAAGGCGUUGGAGGCUGAGGGCAUGUUCAUCCGGGAGGCCGGCUCUAAGGUGAGGCCAAGUCAUGAAGCUUUUGAAUUCCGGCCACACCCUAGCAGCCCGGUCUAUGCGACAUUCUCCCGGCGCAGCCUUGACAGCUCACCGCGGAAUAGCUGGCGGGCUAGCGUGCAGAGCUACACGAGUGUUGAUCGUGGCACACAAACAGAGGACGCAUCGCUAACUGCGCCAACGUCAGUAAGCCGAGCGUCCUCGCUAAGCGCGAAGGAAUCCACCAAUGGACCAUCUGCGAACCUGUGGGAAGAGGAGGACAAAGCUGGUUGGGACACGGUUCCCAUCCAUGGUGGUAUCGAGGAAGAGGAGGGUACCCCAGAAGAGAAGGUGGAAACGAAAGAGUUGAAUGGAAAUGCCGAAACCGAUAAGAACCACGCUGUCGAUGAUGACGAAGAUUUCGAGGUGCACGAGGUCUCCAGCGCGACUGUCACGAGACAGGAGAGCCCGAAGGAGGAGCAAGCCGAUGCCGCCGAGUCGCGACGCAUGUCACCCACAUUCACAAGGGCCAAGCUGGUCACUAUCAACAAGCGCCCAAAUCCUCCAGCCCUGCCUCCUCGCCACCCUCGCCACACCUGGGGUUCUGGCUCUAGUCGUGAAUCAACUUCUCCAACUGCACUUUCACACAGUAGCCGAAGUACCGAGCAGACUGAAACUGCGGCCGAAGCGACCGAAGAGUCCACCGAGCAAGCGAGUGAAACCCGCGGACUUCCCUCGAACGUCAAGACCCUUCAGACUAGCACUGCCGUCCCCGCUGUCGUGGACGAGGUUGAUUUCGACGACUCAGACACUGAGCUGCCUGCCGACAAGGAAGAGUUCCUCUCCGCUGCUAGUGACAACGAGGAUGAUAACGAGCAACACACGCUGGCCGAAGGACUCGCCGCUCUCAAGACCGAGGAAACCAAGAAAGAGUCCAAGGAAUCUGUCGCAGAGGCCGAAUCUGUGAAGGCCGAGACCAAGCCAGAAAAGAAGGAGGUCGAGGGUGCUGAGGAUGUGUUGAGCCAGCUUGAGGAGAAGUUCCCUUCGCCUGAGGUUGAGUCACAAACCGAGAAAGCGGACACCAGCAAGCCUGUCUCUGACAACAAAUUCGGAGCGCUAGAAGUUGACGAGGAGUCGGACGAUACGAUCGAAACUCCCGCCGACCAGAAAGUCCACACGCCCGACAUCAGCCCCAAGACACAAGCAUAA